CCCCCUCCCCCAUCGCCAGCCCUGGCGUCUUCUUCCUCUCUCCCUCCUCUUUCUCUCUCCCUCUUCCCCGUCUUUUUUUCCAAAGCUGUUCCUCCACCAACAGCUGGAGGGGCUCCGUCUCCUCCGGUCUCGCUGCCUCAAUGCGCCCCUCGCAGGACACCCUCCCCCCAAUCGUCUCCGACAAGGUCCUGCAUCAUGAGGAGCAUGAGACGGGCUCUCUUCCACCGGCGUCCGUCACCCUUCUACGGCAGCGAAGAAAACUUCAUGUUAUCAAUCCGCUUUGGUACCGCAACAGUCUACUCGCGAGCGUGGGGUUCCUGGAAUUCGCCAAUGCGGGUGAUUUUGCCGCAAAUGUGUGGAACGAUGUGCCGGUUCCGUUAUACGCCAUCAUCUUCAUGGCCAUUGGGGGUCCUCUAGCAUUAUUAAUCAGUGGUUUUGCCGUCCGGGAUAGUGUUCUUAGUUGGCAGAAUGUCCGCAUCCUCCAAAAAGAACGCAAGUACCUCCAAUCCCUGCGAGCCCAGCACCUCGAAUGCCCCGCUCCCGAUCCCACAACACUCCGUUUCAUCGACCGCCGUCUCGGAGUCAGCCACCGCGAAUUGGGCACUGAACUAGUCGAUCGCAUUGUCAUGGACGUAUUUUUGGGAAUUGGUGGCUUGCUGGUCGGCACCGGCACCAUCAUGGCUAUUUGGGGCUCCGACCGACACGUCUACUUGAUCAGUAAUCUUCUCUCGGGAUUCGUCGGCAACUCCUUCGCCGCCCUCUAUGGCAUCAUCAAUGCUAUCUGGUCGGUUUACCUGGUCUGGCGCUUCCACAGCUAUGACCGUGCGUGCUCACGUGCGGGCGCUAUGCUCGCCCCUUUUCGCGACCGACUUCAACGUCGCUUUCAAUGCUUCAAGUGGCAUGCCGUUGCUUCGGGUUGGACCGGCCUCAUCGCAGGCGGCGCCUCCAUGAUGACCUCGCGUCUCUGGGAGGGUUACGUCAUCCUCAUCCCGUGCAUGCUCCUGGAAGUCGCCUGUAACCGCUUCUGGCGCGUCCAACUUGGCUAUGACCGCCCUAUUGUCGCCCCGGAUUCCCCCCUCCAUCGGGGCAUCUUGGUGCCAGAGUCACCUUACAACCCAGCCAGCAACAGCAGCAGUCCGCGACUCGGCUAUCCCAACUCCACCUCUAUACCAAACAUCAAAAAUGAAGAGGCCAACGUUGAGCCCGAAGAAAAAGAUCAUCUUCUUCUCGACGCACUCUCUUCCGUCAUCAGCCUCCAAACCGCGUUAGUCCCAAUACUUCCAUCCACUCUCGUCCUGGAAGACGUAGACUGGAGUUCCCUCGACUCCUUGUUACUAUUCAUUGUCAAUAACCAUCUCUUCGACUGUCUCUGCGACUGGCUCGCCAAGAAUUCCGCCGUUCCCAAGGACUUUCGUCACCGGGUUUUUCGGUUGGCGACCAACCCCUCUUCUUCGGAGAUCACGGUGACGUUGACAGAUCUCCGACAUAUGAACCAAAACGAGGACCAACCACGAAUGCUAGAAAUGUGUCAGCUCUUCUUACAGACUGAAGCUAGACAGGUGAUGAUCGGACGGGAGAGAUAUCUGCUAGAGAUGGUAGGCUACACGAUUUGGAAAAACGAUUGACCCUUUUUUUUUUCUCUGUUUGGACAAAAGACGCAGACCCGCCCGGCCACAUUGUAUGUGACAUCGAUACCAAUGGAUUGGGUAUCCAUUUGCAUUGUGUUUGUAUAGAUCAGCGAGAAGCGUUUGUGUUCUUGACGAGCAUAGCUUAUAUAUGCAUGCGCAUGCCGUGUCUGAGCGCUUGCGUGCGCCCCCGGUUUUCAUGAGCGAUGAUCAGGAUGCUUGGCUGGCUUGGCUGGCUCAGCUCGGUUGCAAGUCCGGGACUGCUCUGUAAUGAUAUAGGAGCUCCGGAGUGGAGGAGUGCAGGUCACUUCUAACUUGACUAC